AUCUGACACAAAAUUUUCACUUCUUAUCUUGUCUAGUAUUAUGAUACAACAUGAUGUUAUUAUUAAAGUCAACAGAAAAGUGAAAAAGAAAAAGUAAUUCAACAAAUUAACACCUUUUCUUGUUCAAUAGUUAUCCAAUCAAUUCCAAUAAACUAUUAAUGUUCAAUUGUUUUACCCUCAAAUGAUCAACUAAACAUAAGUGUUUUCAAUUCAAUUAAUUCAUCAUUAAACAUUGGAUUACAUAGCAAUUGAAGGAUUUACAUUUUCAAUUAUGUUUCUAAUUUUGUCGACACUUCUUUUGCCAACUUUGAUUAGUACAAUUAACGGUGAAAUUGGUUCACAAUUUGGUGAAAGUCACACAAUUGUUAAACGUGCCACUAAGCCAGACCAUUUCACUUAUACAGAUCAAAAAGAGUGGCUGACUUUCAAUGGAUCCCAGUGCGGCAAUGAUCGCCAGUCUCCCAUCAACUUGGACUCUUCUCUUGCCACAAUCGAUGAAUCGCUUCAUCUUAACUUCAAUUCAUACGAUAAUUUACUUGAAGCCGGUCAGGGUUCAGUUCAUUCAACAGGACAUAAUUUAAGAUUGGAUUUCAAGACUCAGUAUACUUACAGUGUAACAGGGAGUGCAGUUGAAGGUCAUCUCAUGGAGUUAUACCAGCUUCAUCUUCAUUGGGGAAUCAAUUCAAUGUCAGGUUCAGAGCAUGCAAUUGAUGGAGAAAGGUUUGCUGCUGAGGUUCAUUUUGUUCAUCUCAAUGCCGCGUAUAAGGGUUUCGGUGAAAAAGCUUUGGAACAUGAAGAUGCAUUGACUGUUAUCGGUGUUAUUGCAAAGAAUGGUGAUCCUAAUCCUGGAUUAGACAUCUUAUUGGAAGCCAUGCAAAGCAAUAGCUCUAACAUCAAAUAUGAUACGAAAAACCAGUUUAGCUUACGAUAUUUUCUUCCUGGUAACACUAAAUCCUUUUUCAAAUAUUUUGGUUCUCUAACGACUCCCAAUUGCCAAGAGGCUGUAAAUUGGAUUGUUAUGAAAGAUUUUAUUACAGUUUCUAAUGAUCAGAUUGAUAGGCUUCGUUCUCUGGUUGAUGAACAUGGUGAUGAGAUGAAAACGGUUGUCCGUGAUGUGCAGCCACUCAAAGGUCGUACAAUAUAUCAAAGUGAUUCUGGUUCAAUGCUUGGACCAAUCAGCCUUGCAUCCAUCGUCUUCUAUCUAAUCAUUCAUAUUUUGUUUAUUCAAAAAUGUAUUUUGAAUUGAUAAUUCAACACCGUCAACGCCAUUGCCCUCAUCAUAGCUGAAUCUACUGCAAUCCCAUGCUAUCAAACAAGCCGCAAAACUAUGUUACCGGAAUACGCCAUGUUAAUUUUUUAUUUAAAGAUGAAUCUACAUGACUUCAAGGGAAAGUGAAAAUUUCCUGAUUUUAAUAAUUUCCUGUGAAAGCUCAAGACAAACAAACACCCAGAAGACUCUCACAUAUAUGGACGGAAAGAAAGAUGGAUAGUUUUAUCAGCCUAACGUAACUUCAACCCAAAGAAAGCCAAAAAAGCCAACAUUACCUUAAAGUCCUGUCCAUGACCAAUUUAGGAGAUAAUUAUUUGAUUUAGUGUGACAGUUUAGUUUUUCUUCAAUGUCUCAACACUGAAGAAAAACUGAGAAAUGCCUAAUUUAUAAGAUAGACAGACAGUACAAUAUAUUACCAGUCACACCUUUUCUAGUCAUACCAUUAGUCUUGCCAUUGGUCUUCCUGUUGAUGGUUUACAAUUGAAAUGCAUCAAUUGGGUGAAAAUGUGUCAUAAAAAAAGUAAAUAAUGGAACUUUAGAUUGUGAUAAAAUUGAAUGUAUUUUUUGGCUUCCAACUUCAACUGAACCAACUGUUAUGCUGCUUCCAGUAUUUAUCAUCGUUAAAUGUUAACCCUUUAAUCGAUGAUAAUCUUGAUUAAUAUUGUUAUUAUAUUUAGCUCAUUCAAAUUUGUUUCCAUUGCAAUGUAUAUUUGCUAGUCUUUGUAGAAUCUCAAGCCAAUCAAUAAAUCAACAAACUUCAAUUCAUAUAUCAA